AUGGAUAUUUACCUUGCAUAAGUAUAUGAUUGAAGAGUACCAUGAAGGUAUGGGAAUGAUUUUAUAUGUGAUAUGUGAUGUGAUUUUUGCUUUAUAUUGGAGUAAAAAAUAAUAAAGCAACUCGGAGGAUAUGGUAUUAAAACCAACUUUUCGUGGAGUCGUGUAAUCCAACAAUGAUACUUCUUGUAGAAAGUCCAAAAAUGAUAACUCUUGUGCUGAAAAAAUUUAAGAAAUUACUGCGGAAUUUUGCAGGUUGCGAUAGUGAUAAAUUGGUUAUCAUUAUCACAUAUGAUUUGUCAUACUUAUUCAUUUACACGCAUAGACACAAAGAAGUAUAAAGUUCAUUGAAAAAAGGUAAGGAUAUUAUUGUCAGUUUGGAAUAGAUGGAACUCUGAAAUUUUCCAAAUGCGCUUGAUUAUAAAUUCAAUAUAGAUUGCUCGAAAGGGAUGUCAAGCAGUGCCUAUCAGAGGCAGGUUCUAUACGCUGUUGUUCAUCAUAGGUUGAACCACAGGCAAUAAAUAUAGAUUAAUACUGGAGGACAUUUCAUAUAUUUAAUUAAUAUUUAAAUAGAUAUUGAACUUGUAAACAUUUUCCAUAAUAGCUCUGUUGAGGCUCAACCGGUGCCAACCGCAAAUGGUAGGGGUUGUGCGGAUAAAAUGGACACUCUAUAAUUUCUUUCAAUUUAACAUAUCACCAAGAAGAGAUCGUAAUCCAUGACUCUGAUGAUUAGUCAUAACCACUGCCGAUACUGUUUUUGGCGUUCGAUAUUCAGCUUAAAUAUUACUUAUGGGUAUUCAAUACGAAUUGCUAAUUCUUACUCGUGAUAUGACGUUUUCGUUGAAUAUCUGUUAAAGAAAAGAAACCGAGAAUACCCUCCCAUAAUUUUAUCAUAAUUAUCGAUAACAGGGUGUUUGAGCAAAAAUUCUAUAAAUUUGCUCAUGUUCUACUUAGACAACUUUGUCAUGACAUCCUUGUUACGUUUGGAUGCAUUACAGAAUUUAUUGAAUUCCUUGAGGCAAUUUUAAAUGGCAUAUCAAAUAAACAGUUGAACGUCUUGAUUUUAUAUACGCCCAUUCAACUCUGCCAGACUACAUUAUUCCAUUUGCCCCUAAGCAAGCUUGUUAGCAUUAUUGCACUAUGGUUACAACGGAAAGUGAAUGGAAAUAAAAAAUACAUUGUUCGCAAUAAUACUGAAUUACAGCAGGGAAAGUUUUCCCAGUAACUCUAAUGCUUCCAAGGUAAUCACUUCAUUCUCUUGCCGGUAUUCCAUGGAGAAAGUCAAACGAUUGUGGACGCGUCAGGAGUUCGAUAUCGACUCGGACUAUUUCAAGCUGAUUGAUUCUAUUUGUUUGCUGUUCGAGCAACGACCACCUUUGACUGAUAGAUGUGGCAUCAAAGUCGUAUGGACGGCACUAAGUGUAUUCCAUGGGUUCCAGUAUAUAUGUUAUUCGAUUCAACUCGUACGAUGUGCCUAUAAAUCGCCAAUCAAUAUGGAAGAGCUGACAAGCAUUGGAAAUUUGCUAGUGGUACUUACUGUUGCCGUAAUACGAGGUCUUAGUUUGGCAUACCAUCGCGAUAACAUGCUGGAAUUGAAGCGUUACGUCAAUAAAAAAUCCUGUCGUCGAUCAGAUCCAGAUGCUUUUGCUCUACGCAAAAGAAAGUACUUGAAGAUCAAUCGGUAUGCAGCAUGGUUUUACAUCGUAACGACGAUGAACAGUUUCACCUGGGCUUUCACCACUGGUUUACAAGAAGAUAUUUUCAAAAUUCCUUAUCUCAUUGACGGAUUGUCUGGAAGUACGAGGAAAAGCAUCAAUGUGUUCUUUUCACUAUUGUUUGUCCCCUGGUGUUACACUGUAUGGUACAGUCCCACACAAUUUAUUACACUACUGAGUAUAUUACAUACGGAGCUAACAAUUAUUGUUGGGCAGUUCGAGGGCUUGUUCCAUAAAGUGAUUGAAAAAUACGCUUUCGAUGCUUACGAAUUGAAUCAUAUGACAAAAAUGCAAAUAAAUAGAUUUUGGUUCAAUUUAGAUAAUGAGUUUAAAAACGCUCUAUCGCACCAUAUAGCCUUUGUCAGAAAACUGUCAUUAUUGCGGAAAGUUUCCAAUGUAAAUUUCUUCAUAUUUCUUUGCUCGAGUACAUUGAUCACAACAUUUAACAUAUUCUUGUUUCUCGUGGAACCAUCAUUGGGACGAGUACCGCUGCUACUUAUGGCGAUCCAGUAUAUUUCGGAGACGUACCUAUGUUGCACAAUGUUCAACAACUUGGAAAAUGAGAACGAUCGUAUCAACUAUUUGGUCUACGCUCGCGAUUGGCUCAACGAAGUUAUCAAACAUAGGACAUAUGAUCGGCCUUACUGCGCUUCGAUCUUUCGGAAUGCCAUCUUUCUGCACCAACAGGUCGGCAGCGGAUUAACCAUUCGAGCUGGAGGAAUUUUCCCAUUGAAUUUACGUACCUUUACAUCCAUGAUGAAGUCGGUAUACUCAUUGCUAACGUUGCUGUUGCAGUCAAUUGAGAUGAAACCUAAUUAUUAAGACAUUGAUUUGAAGUUUGCUCCGAGUUGAUGGGGGUAUAAGUUGAUUUGCAUU